AUGACUCGCGUCGAUAAGAAAGAAGCCUCAGUCGAGGCUUCUGCCGCUUCCUCAAUAACAGAGGCCGAACCACCAUACCACAUCCUCUCGAAAAGGCAGAAAUGGAAUCUUGUCAUCUUUGUUUCCCUGGCCGGCGCCUUUUCGCCUCUCUCCUCCAACAUCUACUUCCCUUCCAUCGCAACCAUAUCCGACGACCUGGGCGUGGAUGCCUCUCUGGUCGCUUUGACCAUCACCGUGUACAUGGUAGUCCAGGGGAUCGCGCCUUCCCUCUUCGGCACAUUCUCGGAUACCUGUGGUCGCCGUCUCACUUUUGUAAUUAGUCUGACCAUAUACACAGCUGCCAAUCUGGCUCUUGCUUUUACCUCUAGUUACCCCAUGUUGAUGGUCUUGAGAGGUGUGCAGGCUGCAGGAUCCGCGGCGACUAUCAGCAUCAGCGCUGGCGUUAUUGCUGAUAUUGCUUGUCCUGAUGAGCGAGGUGGGUUCAUGGGUACGAACGCUGGCGUCCGUAUGAUGGGUCAAGCCAUUGGCCCAAUCAUCGGAGGUGCACUUAAUAGUGCAUGGGGUUUCAGAAGUAUAUUCUGGCUACUCUUUGUCAUGAGUGCCCUUGUGCUUAGCGCUCUUAUUGUCUUCCUACCAGAGACGCAGCGCAGUGUAGCAGGGAACGGCAGUAUUCCUCUCACCGGCUUUCAAAAGCCAUUGAUCUAUACCUUGAAACCCCCCAGGGCGUGGAAAGAAGCACAAUAUACAGACCAGAAAGCAACAACGCAAGCGCAACCCCGUACCAAAAUAUCCUUCAAAAAGGCAUUUGCGCCCAUGAUCUACCUCUUCGAAAAAGAUAUCGCCGCACUGCUCGCCUGGGGUGCUGUGGCAUACACCGCCUGGAGCAUGGUGACAUCUUCCACCACAACCUUACUCCUACACAGCUUCCCAUUCCUGACACAAUGGCAACUCGGUCUCUGUUUUCUGCCCAAUGGAUUCGGCUGUGUUUGCGGUUCCCUCAGUACAGGCUGGCUACUAGACCGCAGCUUUCGACAUGCCCAGAUACGUUUCAAGGAACAGCACGGCAUCCCCGCCGAGGAAAGCGUUGUGAGCAGAUCUGAUUUUCCUUAUGUGAAAGCGCGGCUACGUCUCGUCCCGCUUUUCAGCCUCGGUCUCAUGGUCGCGCUUGUCCUGUAUGGACCGAGCUUCGAGUUCAACGACUUGCGCAAAUAUUACACCCCGAAUCUUGCUGCGCCGCUUAUCCUUCAAUUCGUCAUUGCGUAUACGGCCACGGCGAUAUUCAACAUCAACUCCACGGUCCUGAUUGACUGCUUCCCAGAUCGGCCUGCCGGCGCGACCGCGCUGAAUAAUUUGUGUCGCUGUCUAUUGGGCGCAGCGGGUGUCAGUGUUAUUCAGCCAUUGAUCGAUGCUCUGAAGGCUAUGAAGUCGUUCUCCAUUGUGUCGGCGGCGGUGUUUCUGUGCAUGCCGUUGAUAUGGGUUGAAUGGAAAUACGGCGAGAAAUGGAGGCAAGAGCGAGAGGAGAGACUGGCGGCUGCUCGUGCCGCCGCGACUUCAGCCUCAACUUAA